AUGUCAAAUAAUGACACGUUUUCUAACAUAAAAAGGACUUUAUCUGUUACGGCAUCAUCAUUAUUAAAUUCGCACAACGUAUCAGAUACAAUUCUCUCAUCCAAUGGACCAUAUGAGACAUUACUGAAGAAUACAUUAGCGAAUGAUACUUUCAAUGGGAAAUCAUUAUCUAAAUUUAAGGGUAAAAAAUUAAAGUUUAAGGAUGGUGAAAAUUCUUCCUUUCAGGAUAUGUAUUCGGCAAGAAAUGGUGAAAAAUACUUCAAUAAUGACUAUACAAAUAAAAGAGACAGUUUUCGAAUAUUGAGCUAUAUUAAUGAUGACCUCCUUCAUGAUAUCGAACAAGUUUCUGCGAGUUCAUCUAAUCAUAAUAAAUUACUCCGAGCUGAACCUUAUAAUGAAAGCCCAGAUGAUAGUUUGAAUAAUACUGAUAAACCCUCCUUAUUUGAAGGGUUUAAGGUAACUGUGAAUCCCAAUGCUGCAUUGAGCGAAUAUGGUGGCAAUAAUAAUACAAACUCAGACCCAAAACUUUUGGGACAAAAAAUAAAUAAUAAUAGUGUAACAUCCGUUACAACAGAAUCAAGAUCAUUUCCUAGUAUAAUUGAUAUAAAAAAUUCCACCUCUUUGGCCUUCCUCACCGAAUCCUUCAAGGAUUUACUGAAAAGUGUUGACGAUUUAGAAAUCAAGAAACAACUUUCUGCAUCUGAAGUCAUUGAAUUAGAUACCCAGAUGAAACAUUUAAAAGUAAGAAGAGAACUGAUGUUUAACAGGAUAGUCAGUUUAGAAGAAAGUCAGUUUAGAACGGAGCAUAUGCUUAGCUUAAUAAGAGAAAAAUUCGAAACCAUGAAAAAAGCUGGGAAUUUUGUAGAUUCUGGUGAAUAUUUGCAUGGUGAAGAUAUCUCAUCUGAAAUUAAAAACUCAAACAUUGAAAAUGUUCAAAACAAUAAGACCCGACUACCAACCAAAAUAGGAUCCAUUUUCGAGGAGUCUGGGAUUGAUGAAAAACAAUCUUAUGCCGCUGAUACAUCGGUUGUUGAUGAUAGAAAUAUUGUAAAAGAACCAGAUUUAUCACCGCUACAGGAAUUUUUUCAACCAAAAAAUAUGAAGUUCAGAAAAACACAGCCUACAUUGCAACAAUACUACCAAACUGGAACCAGAAUUGAAACCCUUCCUAAGUGUCAUAAAAGUAGUGUAAAUUGUUUAGAUUUUGAUAUUCCUUUUGGAGCUUUAUGUUCAACCGGAUAUAAUGACCGUAUAAUUAAGAUAUGGGACCUCUCUAGAUAUAAAGAAAUAGGGAAAAUGGACGGACAUAUAGAUCGUAUUAAUUGUAUGGAAAUGAAUUCCAAAUAUAAUAUGUUAAUAACAGGUAGCAAGGAUACGACAUUAAAACUGUGGGACAUAAGUGCAGCUACUGAAGCAUAUGCUGCAUCUGAAGCAAACGAUAAUGCACCUUCUGACUCAGUUUAUACAUCAUGUUGUGUUCAUACAUUUGAAGCACACGUAGAUGAAGUUACAUGUAUGUCUAUAAAUUCAGGUACUUUGGUUAGCGGUUCGCAAGAUAAAACUAUACGAGUUUGGGAUUUGAUAACUGGUAACUGUGUUCAGACUCUGGAUAUAAAUUUCUCUACCAUUCCUUUGCAAACUUCUUCUACAUCUGAAACAGAAUUAAAUAAGGAUGUUAUGAGCAAUGAACCAAUGGGUAAUAUAUCUGUCACAGGUGCUUUGCAAGCAUAUGAUGUUGCAUUAGCCACAGGUACGGUGGAUGGAUUGGUUAGAUUAUGGGAUUUGAGAUCAGGGGAAGUUAUCAGAACUUUGAAAGGUCAUUCUAAUGCCAUUACUUGUCUAAAAUUUGACACAACGAACAUAGUAACUGGGUCUCUAGACAAAAGUGUCAAAACAUGGGAUUUGAGGACAGGUGGAAUGAUAGAUUCAUUCACAUUUGGUUCACAUAUAAGAUCGCUAGAUUUUGAUAAAAAUAAGAUUAUUGUCGCAACAGAGGAGAAUUCUGUAAAAGUUUUUGAUAGAAACGAACAAAAGCAUUGGUGUUGUGAAAACCCAGAUGAUCAAUCAUCCUUAGUUGAAUGUUUAAAGUACAAGAACGGGUAUUUAGUAGAGGGAAGAAAUUCAGGAGAUAUUAAUGUUUGGGCUUUGUAG